CGGUGUGUCGGUGAGUCGGUGUGUCGGUGAGCAUGGAGGCUCGGCAGCCUGGCAGCGGUAACGGCAGCAGCUCUGAGCGGUUACAUAACGCCAGCAGGUCGCGGGAGAAGCUGCUGAACGUCGCCUCCUCUGCCUCCUCUGACCGGCUCUGACUAACCCCCCGACGGACAGACAGACGGAGGGGCAGACAGACAGCACCGCAGACGGGCAGACAGACAGGCAGCACCGCAGACAGGCAGCAUGGAGGACGUGUGAACCCGCUGCGAGACGGGCCACGCAAACACAACACUGAGGAUGGAUCCAAACCCGCUGAUCAACGCCAUGGACCCGUCCAUCACGCUGUGGCAGUUCCUGCUUCACCUGCUGGAGGACCAGCGGCAGCGUCACCUGAUCUCCUGGACGGGGGAGGACGGAGAGUUCAAGCUGCUGGACGCCGAGGAGGUGGCCCGUCUGUGGGGCCUCCGCAAGAACAAACACAACAUGAACUACGACAAGCUGAGCCGAGCCCUGAGAUACUACUACGACAAGAACAUCAUAAAGAAGGUGAGCGGUCAGAAGUUUGUGUAUAAGUUUGUGAGUCAGCCCGACGCCCCGCUGCAUGAUGGGAUACGGAACGGAGACGAGGUCCAGAGGAGCGACCCCGCAGACCCCAACGGCCAAUCAAAAGGCCUGGGGGGCGUGGCCUCCCCCUGUCCGUCAAAGGGCCUUCCCCAGCACUCGUCACCCAGCGGCUCCCAGAAGAGUUCCCGUAACGACUACAUGAAGUCCGGCCUCUACUCCACCUUCACCAUCCAAUCACUGCAGGCCCCGCCCAACCCACGGCCAAUCAAAACAGAGCUGCUGCUGCAGCAGGACGCCGCCUCCAAGGCCGACCGCAUGGCCAGAGAGGUCUGUGUACUAUCAGAGUCUACGUCCUCCCCGUCAGUAGGAGGAUCUGUUGACUCCUCCCUCCAGGUGAUCGUGACUCACCCGUCUCCCUGUGUGACUCCCGCUCUCAGCCCCCAGAUACCAGCCAGCACCACCAGCCAAUCACAGAAUCCUCCUGCUCCUCCUCUAAACGAGCCUCCUCAGAUUUUUCUCACCAGCGUGGGCGACCCGACCUCCCUCAUCUCCCUCGGUCCUGUCGGGGGGGCACAGGACUCGGUGCCGAUGCAGGAGGACUGCGGGGGGGUCACCAACCCGACCAGCUUCCCCCCUCACCCCCACACCGCUCCUCACCUGACUCACCCCCCGCCUGUCUUCGUCAUCAUCAACCCUCCUCCCAACCAGCAGCAGGCGGCGGCCAUCACGGCCCCCCCCAUCGUCAUCAAGGAGGAGAACCUGCCGUCGGAGGAGGAGCUGCUGGAGAUUGUGUCUCUGGAGGAGAGACGGGUGGAGGAGGUCCCUCAGCUGAUCUGUGGCUCCGGAGAACCAGAGCCCCCCCUCAACGUCGUGGAGUGCCCGCCCCCUCCCUGCAUGGACACGCCUACAGAUCCCUCCGCCCCCCCGAUGACCUCCUCCUCCUCAGCGGUGACUCCUGCUGGGACCUCGGACGCCGUUCCUCCCAAACCGAAGAAGCCUCGGGGCCUGGAGCUGCCCUCCUCCCCCUCCCUCCCCCCCGGCCUCUCCCUGGAUAAGGUGAAUGCAGCUAACAGUCUGCUGGCUCCUGGAUCAGCAACCAACACGCUGACCCCCACCGUCAUCACCUCCCACUCUCUGACUCCGGUCCUGCUCACUCCCAGUCCUCUUCCCUCCACGAUCCACUUCUGGAGCACUCUGAGUCCCAUCGCUCCUCGCUCUCCGGCCAAACUCUCCUUCCAGUUCCCCUCCAACGGCAGUAAUCAGAUCCACAUCCCGGCUCUGAGCGUGGACGGUCUCUCCACCCCCGUGGUCCUGUCCCCCGGACCACAGAAACCCUGAGACCCCCCCCAAAGCCUCACACAGCUCCUCGCUGGGCACCGAGCCGGCCUCACCCCCAGGAGGGUCAGAGGACAUCUGGAUCUGGACCGACUCUGAAGGUCUCCACUCCAACCAGGAACCAGCAGAGACCUGUUGGUGAACGGGACCUUUGAUUGGUGGAUCGUCGUGGUGAACUUUGGAGACGUUAAAGGAGCCGAGAGCUUCUUCCUCCGACACCGUGGACCGGAGUCCUGGAAAAACAGGAGGCUUCUCUGGAACCUGAACGCAUCGUGAGACGUCGACAGAAACCAGAAGACUCUUUUCUUCUUCUCUGGAACCGAAACAACGAAGAGUCGUUUUUAACGGAUGUUUGUAAACAGAUCACUGGAUUAUUGAUCAGGGAGAAGAGUUUCCUGUCCUGAUCAGGAUUAUUGAACUCCUGCUGUUUGACCUGAACCUCAUUAAUAUUCAUGAGGGGACCUCUCUAAUCUUCUUUUUGGGGCUUUUUGCUCAUUUAUCGUCUGUUUUAUAAAGAAGUGCUUAUUUAUUUCUGUUUCCUGUUUUCAGCUGCAGGUCUUUGAACGCUCCUCGUUAUCGCGGCUCCUGAUUGGCUACGAUCAGAUGACUUUUAUUCCUGUUGGGACUUUUUAAGGGCAGUUUAAACUGUUUUUUGCUUCGCUGUCAUUGGCCGCUUUUUAAAGGCCACGCCUUUCUCCAGUUAUGCAUGGCCUGUUAUUGGACCGAAGUCCUCAGCAUCGUUUUUGAACCGACCAAUCACAGAGGAGGGAUGAUGAUGAUGAAGCCACGUUCUUUCUCCAUCAGAGUCUGUGUGACAGAUUGUCUAUUUUCUAAAAGAGGUUUAUCACAUUCCUUCAGAGACUUUGUUUUAUUGAUAAAUGAUAAAUGACUUAUUUUAAUUCCAGACGUUCCGUCGAUCUUUGAUGGAUGUUUAUUUCUCGGGGUGUCCCUGAACGCCUCGGACUCGUGUCCUUGUUCUCUGCUGUGAUGUUGCCACAAGUUUUACAAAAGAGCGAUGCUUCACAUUCGGAGCGACCUGAAGACCUGGAGACCUGCAGACGGCCUCACUCGGUUCACCACUAGGUGGCGCUAGGGCUCCUUUUGUUCCACAGAUUGUAACAGCAGCUUCUCCACGGUGACAUCAGGAACAAUCAUCUGACUGUUAACGCUCCUCAGGGCUUCAUUCAGAGCUCCCUGCUCUGAGGAAGACCACCAGAUGUGGUCAAAAGCUCCAGGAGCAACGAGUAGGUGGAGCUUGUAAACGCUAGCUUCAUUAGCAUCUGUUUGGUUGACCGGCAACGAGCCGUCCUGACAGCUGAUUGGAGGUUUUUUUAACUUGUGGUGACGUCAUCGUCAGAGGAAACGAUCAGAAACAUCAGCUGUAGAUUUCUACCGAACAGAGACUCUUCUGAAGACUGUUGUUGUUGUUGUUGUUGUUGUUUCUGAUGCUAGCUGAGCUCUGCGGUUGCCACGGUAACCUGACCCGACUGUUGUUGCUGACCUGCAGGUUGUUGUUGUUGUUGUUGUUGUUGUUGCUGCUGCUGCGGAGCAUCUGAAGCUCCUCCUCCUGUGAUGACGCUGUUAACGUGUUGCUACGCUUCUAUGUGACCGCAGAGCUGCAGACACACACAGACACACACACACACACACACACACACACACACGUACACACACACACACACACACACACACACACACACACACACACACACACACACACACACACACACACACACACACACACACACACGUACACACACACACACACACACACACACACACACACACACACACACACACACACACACACACACACUCAGCUGGACCGCUCAGGAACUGAGUGAAGCUGAUUUUCGGUUUUACAGAGUAAAUGUGAACGUGUUACUUCAAAGAGAUCAGCUGCUUUAAGAUUUAAACUGGAACAGCUUCCUGUUUCAUUGUCAGGUGUUUCACAAUAAAAGCAUUCUGGAACAAGCUGGAGUUAACUUUAUCAGAGCUGUUCUUCAGACUUCACACAGAAACAGAAGGUUAGUCGGAGUUAGUACUGCUGGAACAUCAGCUGAUCUAAUCCCUGUUUAAACCUCUAAUCAAUAUUUACUGAUCAAUAAUCAAACUCUUCUACAAUCGAUAUUUACAGUUCAUUUCUUCUUCUUAUAUAUAUAUAUAGAUAUAUAUAUUAUUAUUAUUAUAUAAUAAAGAUAAUCACAUCCAGCUGGUCCAGAUCAGAACUAGACAUUAAAUAUUCGUAAUAUAAAGACAAUGUUCAGCCUCAGAUCAGUUCCUGGCGGUGAGAUCUCCCAGCCUCGGCGGUGCCAUGAACGCAGCACUAAGCCAUUUGUUUGACUGUUCUCUCCUUUUACAGCAUGACUCUAUUUUUCUACAGAGAGACGAAGCCUUAAAGAGUUCUGGUGAAGAAGAAAAUAAGCCAUUUAGAGAAAAGAUGAACUUUGGACGAAGGUUUUCAGUCCGACGUCUUUUCAACGUCGAGAUAACGUUUCUCUACGACGGCGUGUGACAUUCAGAGGAAAAACGAGAUUAAAGUCGUGAAUUUACAAGAAAAAAACCGAGAGUUUUUGGGGCUUUACUUCACACGUUUGGUCAUUUCCUGUCAUGUGACCGACCUGCAGUCAUCAUGUGAUUCUUUUCAUCCUGUCAGAGAUUGUUUCUGCCUCUCUGAUUGGCCGUCGUGUUUCUGUCACCAGCACAACAUGAAGAAUGUUUUUAUAUUGAUCAGCACAGCUUUGCAUUCUGGGUAAUGUUUAACGUUUAAUGGAGGUAAAAAUGAUGUGCCCCUUUAAUGUAGAAACAAAACAAUGUUUAAUGUUUCCUAUCAGGAAACAUGAAAGUACUAA